GAUGAGCUGAAGAACCUGUGUUGGGUUGGGACCCUGGCUUUCAACCUCAUGGGCUGUCUUAUGCUAACAUGGGCCACUGCCUGCCCUCACUGGACACAGCUCUCAUAUGCCGACAAAAUGGUGUUCAGUAGCCUUUGGGAGACCUGUGUCGAAGGAGCAUGCUGGAAGCCAGGAGACUCAGCAGGAUACUUGAUUUAUGGCCGGUGCUUUAUUGGCUUCGCUGUUGUCUUCUCAUUCUUCCUGAACUUCAUGUUGCUAAGCUUCUUCUUCCAGUUAUGCUCUCCUUUUCCCCUGGAGUGUCUCGUUUUUGCCCUCAUGGACAGCAUUACAGCUAUAACUGUACUCAUUGGUUUGCUAAUGCAUGUGCUACAGAUGAAGAGUUUCAGAGGCAAAGGCCCAAGGAUCACCUUUUUAUGGCCUUACUUCAUCAUCUUUAUCUGCUUCAUAUUGUUCCUGUAUUCUGCAAUACUCUUCAUCCUCAUCCACAAGGAAUUCUUUCACACUAAGUGUCUAAGAUCUUCCCGUGUAAUUCCCAAGGACCCAAACUUGGAGAGAGAGCAGGUGAAUUUGGAGCCCAUGGAGUCUGUCUUCUAGAUCAGCUCAUCAUUCAUACAAUCUUUCUGAGUCCAGACAUCUCCUGGUUUCUGGCACAUUUUAGUUGGAAUGUUGACAGUGGAUACUGGAGAAGGCAGGGAUAAAAAGAGGCUGAGCCCAGUUCUGAGGGCAGGACUGUGCUGCUAGUCUGGAAAGAAAGAUGAAAACAUCAGUUUCCCUCCUUCUUUUGCCUGAUAUAGGGUGGGGUCCCUGUUGGUGUUCAGAGAUUUGCUGGGCAGUGAUUUGGACCCUGAAAUUUGCCAUUUCGAGAUGUCCUGCUUCUCCUCUUCUUCCCCACAUCAAGGAUUUUCUGGCAUGAUGUUUGGGGAUGUUG